CACUGCCAGAGGAAACCCGAAUCCGCUCCCAGCCAUCACGUAGUGACUCAUCUGGCUCCUGGAAGAAAUGAGUGAUCUCUCGUUGAAUCUCCGUGGUCUUCGAAGCUGGAUAGUACAUGUUCACAAACUUGUCGGCAAGAUCGUCCCAUGACGUGAUGGACAGUGGGAGUUGGGUCUCUAAUCACCUCUUUGCAUGCCCUGCCAGAUAGUGGGGGAAGAGGUGAAGACGGAUCACGUCAUCUGGUACACCAUUCAGCUUGUACCCAUUGGUAAACUGCAAGAACCACGAAAGGGGAACCCUUGCCUCUUCUUCCUUGAGGCCAUGGAACUGGAUGGAGGAUGUGAUCAGUUGAAUCCAGCAUGGCUUGGUCUCAAAGUUAUUUGCUGGGAUGGGCGGAUAAAAGAUGACGGGGCAGAUGUCGGCGACCCGUGGAGUGUAGUAGUACUCCAUAGUAGGACCCAGCGGGGGUGGUGGAUGCUGAGCCCCAUCUUCCUGGGGAACUGGGUUAUUUGCUAGGAUCUGAUUCACUGGGGGGGACCUACACGGGCAUCCCUAGGGGUUGAUUCUGCCCCAGGUUCAGGUUCCCCCAGUUGUGCUGAUUGCCCAUCUUGUAUUCCUCUCCAGAGUCGCUGCUCAGAUGGCCGUCGACGUGCACUUCAUCCGUAGCCAGUCUUGCUCGCUGUUGUCUCCUUAGCUGGCAACAAAUGUGUUCUAGCUCCAAGUCUAACGGUAGUAAGUCUCCCGACUGGCUACGGGUCAUACACUACCUGCACACAAUCCAAGAAAGCAAACCCGUAAAGGCACAAGUGGGACAAAGCAAAACAAUCAAUGCGGAAAAGAAAUGCUAAAGUAACAUAAAUCACGUUUUUUCAACAACCUAGCCAUCCCCGGCAACGACGCCAAAAACUUGACUCGCUCCUACCGUCACACUAGAAAGUGGCCAAGUGUAACCACCUACUAAUGCGCAGUAUAGUGGGUUUAGUUCUAAAUGUCAACCCGGGUCCUAGGUGUGAUGACUACUGCGUGAGAAUCUUAUUAUUUAGCAGUCAACCUGUAAUGACAUUCCAACUAAACUAACAAGCAAAAGCAAUAAAUGUUGUUUUCCGAGUUCGAGAGAGGUCACCCAGAUAUGGUUCCCCCUAGAUUGCAGUUAAGCCAAGUUGUAAUUUGCCAAGUUCAGAUUCAAUUAUAGUUAAAAUGCGGAAGGUUCUUAGGUAGCCUGCAGUCUCGACUAAAGGUCUCCACACCCUCUCAAUCUGAAUCCCCAGCGGGCGACUAACCUCCACCGGAGUAAACAGACUGAGGCCCUACGUACCAAACCUCCUCUACUGGAAUAAAUCCGGUACAUAAUAGUGAAUCAACUCCUCCACUAAAGUCGUCGAUUCACUACCUUCAAUCAAGGGUGCUCUAUCAACCUAUGGAGAUAUUCUCAUUCCAGGUCAAAGUAGAAAUAACAGGAAUUUGAUCAGGAUUCGUGUAAUUCAGAAAAUCAUGCCUCAAUUGAAUAUAAUCGAUAUCAAAGAAUCCGUACUUGGGUUCAGACCUAACAUACAAAUCUAGGGUUCUUCAUACCCAGGUGAGAAAGGGAGUUUACUCCAUAGAGAGUGAAGGAAAAUCUGCUUAAGAUGCGGAAUUCAUAUUGUGAAGGAUGAGGAUCUGCUUCUCGUGAUCAAUCGGCUCUCCUCCAAGCUUCCACCGAGCUCCGAUGGUGUUGAAGAUCGAUUUAGGGCACUUAGAAGUUAUGUUCAUCACUUUCUCUCUCUAGAUUUUCAGCUCUCUAGCUCCCAAAAUCGGAUCCCUUUGGAAAAUUGGUCUUCUUUCCUCAAAAGGCAGCACGGCGCGAUACCCGGCCAUAAUAUCUGGUCGGGUAUUUCAGGUGAGCGGCCGGGUAUUUUGAAACACUGCAGUUGAUAAGAUGGCAUGCGUCUAGGGUUGGGAAAGGGGAGGAAGAAAGAGAAAGUGGAAGGUAAUACAACUGGAUUAGUGAAAAACAAAAAGGGAAUAGGCGGGUUUCUUUCCACCAAAUGUCAAAACUUAAAUUUUCGGAGGGCAACCAAUGAAAAUUAGAAUUUAUUUAGCCAAAACUAAACUUUGUGUCAUCUCUAGGAAAAUUAACACAAAAUUACCAAAAUGGUCAUACAACUGACACAAAAUACAUACACAUAAUAGCCAUUUGUUGUCGGUUCACCGACACAACGGCAUCGAUGAAAUACGAAAAUUUUCUUGUAGUGCAAGAUUGUUUUCAUAGUUCAUGAUUUAGGAAUUUAGAUUUUAGAGUUUACAGUUAGGGUUAUUAUACGGAACGAGAAAUCAAUAAUGUAAGAAAGUAAAGAACACACAAAAUUAUGUGGUUCAUUAAUACUAUGAAUUUUAACUACGUCAUCGGACAAGAAAACUCAGUUUCACUA